GCAAAAUCAUCCAUUCCUCGGGCCGUUACAAAAAAAAAAAGAAAAAAAAAUCGUGGAUAAUAAUAAAAAAAAAUAAUAAUAAUAAAAAAAUAAAACAUAAGCCCUGGAAUUUAAACCGAGAUUUCGGCAUCGGCCGCAAGAGGCAAAUUCAUCUAUUCCCCGGGCCAUUAAUAGAAAACGUUCCGUGGAUUCGAAAAAUAAGUAGAAACACACAAAUAAAUGUAUAAAUAACUAAAAUAAGCCAGAAGCCCCGGGAUUUAAACGGAGCUUGCGGCGCCGGCCGCGAGAGGGCAGCGCCGGAGGUAAACACGCGCACCAGCUGUUCGGCACAAAACACCCGUGCGGAUGGAGGGAAUCUUGUACAAAUGGACUAAUUACUGGAACGGAUGGCAGCCAAGAUGGUUUGUGUUGGAUCAAGGUGUUCUGGCGUACUACAAAUCACAAGAAGAAGUCAAUCAGGGUUCAAAGGGCUCGGUUAAAUUGUCAGCAUGUGAGAUCGUAGUUCAUCCAACAGAUACUAUGCGUAUAGAUAUAGUCAUUCCAUAUGAGCAACAUUUUUACCUCAAAGCACCAUCACCCCAUGAGAGACAUGCCUGGCUUGUGGCCCUUGGUAGUGCCAAGGCCGGCAUACCACCUGCCAUUCCGCAAGCUAAAGUAGAGAAGGGUAAGACUGAGCCUGAACGCGAUACCGUCAAAGUGAAAAAGUCGGAGCUGAGACUCACGUGCGACUUGUUGAUGAAGCAGGUGUAUAGCGUAAAGACGGCUGCCAACAACCCAGACGGACCAGAUCUCGAGAAACUAGAUGAAUCAACAGCUUUACUGACAGCAACAUGUGAUACAUUUAUUCGUACCUUGGAGGAAUGCAUGAAGCUAGCCAACACCUCCCCAACGCCCCAGCUUUCCGGUGAAUUCCCAGUUCCUCCAAUCACUCUCCUCAAGGAGAGAAAAAGUUCUUCGUCUACACCUGUUGUUACCAGACAGAAUUCUGCAGAAAGGAGGACAGAGUAGCAGAUAAUGAGACCGAGAACAAGAAUUGAAUCCUGCAGCUUCAAUCGCAAAUUUACUGAAGAGAGUUCAAGUGCAACUUACAUCCAGAAUGAAAGCUUGGAGAAUGUGGAAGUAGAUUGAUUGGUAUCUGUGCUUUUUUUUUUUUUUUUUUUAUGAAGUUAAUUGUUUUUAAAAAAUAAGCUGUUUCAGGAGGUUGUUUUGUUUAUUGUUUGUUUUAUGUAUUGUUUAGAAUACUCUCUAUUUGUUUAAGAUAUUUAGAUUAUUUUGAUUAUAUCUUUUGAUUUAAUGUACAUUUAAAGAUUUCUUACACAUACAGUAUGUAAGUACAGGCUCUCAUACAUACUCUCUAAAACACACAAAAACACACAAACACACACAAACAACACAACACACACAAACACACACAAACACACACAAACACACACACACA